UCGUGAUAAAAACUGUUCCACUUCAUGCAGUAAUUUUCAGCACCAUGGACAGCAUCUCAGUUGACUUGGCCUAAUGGAUGUUGCUUUGCGUUUUAUGUCUAGAUACUUUGUAAUAGAUCCCUGGAAGAAUACCAUGCUGACUUUUUUAUGUAAGUGUCAUAUCGCAUUAAUGUGAUCUGCGGAAAGUAAUGACACAUGAAAUUCGUUACAUGUCUGCGCAAAGUUUACUGCCAAAGUUCUGUUCCUUUGGCUUCAUCCAAUAUGCCUGGCAAGGAAGCUUGUGUUAGAAUGGUUUACACGAGGUAUAAAGCCCCCUGCAAAAGAUCAAGAAAGAAAACAGUUACUGUUAAUUAAUGAAAUUGCCACUGCUGGGCUGUGUUUAACGCAUAUGGCAAAUGUCCAACGUAAUUUCGCUGCAAAAUAUUGAAGUGACGCCUUCUUCCUACAUUUGCACUAUAUGUGACCGUUGGAUAUAUACUCAUACAAAACUGUUGUAGAUGCUAGUGCUGAACUUUCACAUCCCUCUUCUUAAGACUUUGCAAAUCCUUGAAUCAUUGGAAGGAAUUGUGCAUAUUGACCUUAGAUAUUAAACAAGCAUGAUUUCCAUGAAGAUACAUUUAUUAAUAUUAGUAUUAUUUUUACAAAUUAACUAUUUUUUUAACAGGACCCAGUGCACUCUUAGCUAAUGUCUUUUUAGAAUUACAUGUGAUUUUUCUCAUCUACCUUUGAGUUUCACUUUGAAACAUAAUGUGGCAUAAGUGUGAAAUAUAUUUUAUCUCACAAAUAGUUUUUUAAAAACAUUCCAAUGUCAUUUCCACCAGAGGUAAUUCGGUUUAUCUACUUCAGAGAGUUUCCUGAUGUUCACUGUUUGGACUCUAAGGGACGCUGUUGGUCAGUCCAACAUUUUCUGUGUGUCGUCAUUCAGCCCAUCCCCUGGCUGACUGACUAUACAGUGAAGAAGGCUCUGUGUGUUUUGUCGAGGUUUAGGGCUCGUAAGAGAGAGCAAGGUUUCAUACACUUGCAUGUAAAGGUUGAAGAACUGUUUUAGUGACCAGGACACGGAUAUUUCAGAACAGCUUCGCCAUCAUAUCAAUUGGACAUAAAUCAUCUUUUUUAUUCAUUGUUGCCAUGAUGGCAAUUCGAGGAUCUCUCACCUACACAUCCGCAAGAUGGCGAUUGUUUUAUGGAUUUCGAGGGCAAAUAGGACUGCUUAUGUUGCUUCUUUAUGCGGUGAACAUGGUAGGUGGUCAGAUUCGUUAUUCUAUCCCAGAGGAGAUGAAGAAAGGCUCUGUUAUCGGUAAUGUAGCGCAAGAUCUGGGUUUGGAUCUGAGGAGGCUCCGUUCUGGGCGGGCCCGUAUCGUGACCGGGGAAAACAUCCACUACACCGAGCUGAAGGCAGACAAAGGGAUUCUAGUCGUGAACGAGAGAAUAGACCGAGAGCAGCUUUGUGGAGACGUAACUCCGUGUAGCUUCAGCUUUGAGGUCAUUUUAGAAAACCCAAUCGAACUGCACAGAGUAACUGUUGAGGUUUUAGAUAUAAAUGAUCAUGCUCCCGUCUUCCAAAAUAAAGAUAAGCCUAUCAGUUUUGAAAUAAGUGAAUCAGCUGUAGUCGGAGUGCAGUUUCCACUGCAGAGUGCAGAGGACUUAGAUGUGCUUCAAAAUGCGCUGCAAGAUUAUAUUUUAUCACCAAACGACAAUUUUAUCUUGAAGCAACAUGCUAAUCCAGAUGGAGGUAAAUAUGUUGAAAUGGUUCUCCAGAAGCCUUUAGACAGAGAGCGACAUCCCCAUCUGUCUUUGAAAUUAAUCGCAGUAGACGGAGGAACACCACAGAGAUCUGGUACAGUAAAUAUAGAUAUUACUGUGUUAGAUGUUAACGAUAAUGCUCCAGUAUUUAACCAAUCAGUGUAUAAAGCGUCUGUGAUGGAAAACACAUUGAAAGGCACAAGCAUUGUUACAGUAAAUGCCACAGACGAAGACAGUGGUUCAAAUGGAAUGAUCACUUACAGUUUGUCUAAAAUGAAAGGAAGUACAGGGAAUAUAUUCAGUAUUGACGAACACACCGGCACAGUUUCUGUAUCUGGUCAAAUAGAUUAUGAAAAAGACAGAAAAUACGAGGUGAGAGUCGAAGCAAAGGAUCAGGGCGGCCUAACUGGAACAAGUAAAAUUAUAUUAGAUGUUGUUGAUGUCAACGACAAUGCUCCAGUUAUAAAUAUUAUGUCUUUUUCCAGCCCCCUGUCUGAGGAUGCACAUCCUGGUACAACUGUUGCUGUUUUGAACAUUAAAGACGCUGAUUCUGAGAGUAAUGGACAAAUCAAAUGUUCUAUAGAUGGAAACCUUCCCUUUAAGAUCGAAUCAUCUCUAACAAACUAUUACAAUUUGAUCUCAGAUCAAUAUUUUGAUAGAGAAGCAGUCUCUGAAUAUAAUAUAACAAUAACAGCCACUGAUUUGGGGUCUCCUCCUCUUUCUAGCUCGACAAAAUUACACCUUAAAAUAUCUGACAUUAAUGACAACGCACCAGUGUUCGAGAAAAACAGCUUCUCGGCUUACGUCACAGAGAAUAAUUCGCCUGGAAUCUCCAUAUUUGCUGUCAGCGCGCGGGAUUGUGAUUCGAAUCAAAACGCCAGAAUCUCUUAUCUUUUAGAGGACACUCAAGUCAGUGGUAGUCCGGUUUCUACUUAUGUGUCUUUAAACUCUGAGACUGGAGUUCUUAGUGCAGUUCGUUCCUUUGAUUAUGAGCAAAUUAAACAGCUGCAGCUAAUCGUCAAAGCUCAGGAUGGAGGCUCCCCUCCACUCAGUAGCAAUGUGACUGUGGAACUAAUGAUCCAAGACCAGAACGACAACCCUCCUCAGGUCCUGUACCCAGUCCAGACUGGAGGCUCUCUGGUGGCUGAAAUGGUGCCUCGUUCAGCAGAUGUGGGCUAUCUGGUGACUAAAGUGGUGGCUGUUGAUGUGGACUCUGGACAGAAUGCCUGGCUCUCCUAUAAACUGCAGAAAGCCACAGACAGGGCGCUGUUUGAAGUGGGCUUACAGAAUGGAGAAAUAAGAACUAUCCGCCAAGUGACUGAUAAAGAUGCUGUGAAACAAAGACUGAGUGUUAUAGUGGAGGACAACGGGCAGCCCUCUCGUUCAGCUACAGUCAUUGUUAACGUGGCGGUGGCGGACAGCUUCCCUGAAGUGCUGUCUGAGUUCACUGACUUUACACACGACAAGGAGUACAAUGACAACCUGACUUUUUACUUAGUGUUGGCUUUGGCUGUAGUCUCCUUCCUCUUCAUCACGUGUUUAGUGGUUAUUAUCUCAGUGAAAAUCUACAGAUGGAGACAGUCUCGCAUCCUGUAUCACUCCAGCCUGCCUGUGAUUCCAUAUUAUCCACCACGUUACUCAGACACUUUGGGGACAGGGACUCUCCAACACGUGUACAAUUACGAGGUGUGCAGGACGACUGACUCCAGAAAGAGUGACUGUAAGUUCGGCAGAGCCGGUAGUCAGAACGUGCUGAUAAUGGACCCCAGUUCUACAGGGACGAUGCAGCGGAUACAGAGUGAGAAGAGCAUCCUGGAUGAACCAGACUCUCCUCUGGAGGUCAGUUAA